AUGGAUUCAACACUUGAAAAUAGCAGUGUUGAAGUAAAAACGAACAAACUCGAUGCUUUAGAAAAGGAUCAGCAAGUUGCAGAAGACCUGAACGACGUUAUUCAACCAGUUCAAAAUUCAGAGAAGUCACAAGAUAAUGUAUUCAAUUCAAAUCAAUCGAUUCAAGUAUUGUCAAUCGAUGUUGAGUGUGUAGCUACAGGAUUUUCUCAUUUGGAUCGAGCACCAUGUAGUGUGGCCAUUGUCAAUGAUCGAUGUGAGAUCCUUUUCGAUUCAUUAAUCAAACCAGAUAAACCUGUUGUCAGCGAUCUGUUUUCUUUCACUGGUGUACGAAAAACAGAUCUUCAUCAUGCACCAUCUUUCGAUGAAGUAAUAAAAAAGGUACAUUCAUUUUUCACACCAACAACGUUGAUUGUUGGCCAAUCGAUUAUGAGUGAUGUUAAUUGGAUGAAACUUCAAGAAGGUGUACAUUAUAGUACUCUGAUUGAUCUGGGUGACGAAUUUAGGACGUUUGAUCCUAAAUAUGGCAGUAAUAAGUACUUUUCUCUAGCUCAUGAAGCAGAGGUGCUGUUAAAAAUUGAUCUCAAUGCCACGGGAAGUCAUAUCGCUCGAGAUGAUGCUAAAGCAAGUAUAAAACUGUAUAAUAAAUAUGUGAAGGAUAAAGACCAAUCGAAGCUUCAACAAGCAUGCCAGGCACUUCUUCGUGCGCCAACGAAAAUUCCACUUUUUCGACGUUUUUCUGGUGCCUAUGAAAAGGUUUGCGUGUCUGCAUUUAAUCGAGGAUAUUGCCGUUGUGGACAACCAUUGGUUAGUGAAUUGCAGAAAACACCUGCUAAAAAACGGCGUCAAAAUUCAAAUGAUCAAAAGGAGGAAUUAUCUUCGUCGACGAAUAAGAAAAUGAAAGUCAUCGACCAGAAAAACGAGAUUUGA